AUGGCGCAGACAUUUGGCAAUCCAGCGGGCAGCAGGCAAGGUGGCUUUGCUGCCAUUUACAGUUCAGCCGGCUCCAGCUCCAGCGUUUCCGGCUUCAGUCGCUCGGAAUUCACGUCCCUCUGCGAUGCUAUUGGUCAGAAUAUCACAGCGAUCAACACCAGCAGCAAGCAGCUGGAGAAGCUGUGGAAACUAACUGGCAAGGCAAAGGAUUUGCGUGCGCUGCAAGAGCAGAUCCACAACAUCAAUAGCGAAGCCAAUGAGCGGAUAGAGAACACCAGUCGGGAUGUGAAGCGGCUGCAGGUGGUGUUACGUCACGGCGAUCGCCAGCAAAAGCUGCAGCUGGAGCGGAUCAGAAAUGACUUUCAGCAUGUGCUCGAGAAAUACUCCGCGCAGCAGAGGCGCAACUCGAAGGCCUCGCGACAGAGCUACAAUGCGGCCAUUGCCUCUCAGCGAAAGACUGCCAGCUCGGCCGAAACGGAGCUGCUGCAGCAGCAGCGACAGGAACAAGCGGAACUGGAGAGGGAGCACAACCUGCUCGUCGAGCGCCAGCGGCAAGUAGAACAGCUGGAGGCGGACGUAGUCGAUGUGAAUAUCAUUAUGAAAGAGCUGAGCAGAUUGAUAGGCGAACAGGGCGACGUGGUGGGUGAGUAG